AUGUGGGCCAGAACGCUAUUCAACGGCUUGAGAGGGCCCAUGCCCCUUGCACAAGCGCGCCCGUCGCUUUUCCUGCUGCUCCCAUCUUCUCCCUUCCAAUCUGCGAUCCCUACCAUCGCCAAAAGAUACACUCACGAAUAUGCUCCAAGAUACAAGAGAAUAAGAAAGCAAUUCAAGGGUAGAGUGAGCGUGCGUACCGGUGGCUCCAUCAAGGGAAACUCUGUAGAAUUCGGUGAGGUUGGCUUGCGUUUGAAGUCCAACGGUGUUAGAAUGUCGGCUCUCCAACUAAAAGAAGCAGACAAAACAAUCACCCGUGUGCUCAGAGGUACUGGUGCCUCCUUGGUGACCCGUUUCAUCUGUAACAUUGCUGUGUGUGUCAAGGGUAACCAGACCAGAAUGGGUAAGGGUAAAGGUGCGUUCGAGUACUGGGCCUGUCGUGUUCCUACUGGUAAGGUGUUGUUCGAGAUCAAAGGAGAUGUGCAUGACCAUGUCUCCAAGAUGGCCUUCGUUGCUGCUGCCAGAAGAUUGCCCGGAACAUUUGAGAUUGUCAACAAGCAGUCGCAGGUGCGUGUGUCGCCAACAGCUGUCAUUGACAAGCCCGAGCCCAUCAACUACUUGGAUGUCAUGAAAAAGAGACCCACCAAGAAAUGGACCAACAUCCAAGAGUCCAAGCGUCCUGAGUAUAUGAUGUUCAGAGGCCGCUAG